UUAUCUGAUGCCUCUAGGCAAUGGGCAGCCACAAAUGAAGGCAGUUCUCUUCUGGACAGUAUGACUAAAGCAAUUGAUGAGGUUAUCAAAAUCAAAGAGUGUGACAUCUACAGCUAUAAUCCAGACUCUGAUGCAGAUCCAGUUCUUGAGAAAGGGGCCAUAUGGUCGUUCAACUACUACUUCUACAAUAGGAAGCUAAAGCGAGUCGUGAGCUUUCGAUGUUACUGCACUAGCAAAUUAUCAGGAGAUGACUUAACCGGUGUUGCGUCUGAUGGUGAAGAGGAAGAUGCCUUGAUUGACAUGGACAUAUGACUGACCGUGUUCUGCUAGCUACCUGAUGUGCGUAUAAUAUAGAGCAUGUAUGCUCAUUCCUGGUAGCAAAC